CACCAAUGCCAACGUAACCGCGACCCGGUCACCCAUUUGGCAGCCAAGGCCGGGUUUGCGUCAUUGUCUGUGCGCCGGAAGCGACAGCUCUUGCACUUGUGCAUGGUGACGAUAGUGAGUCCAUGCCGUCUAAGUUAAACCGAAAGUGGUGCUGUCAGGCGGCGCAAUCGUCAGCCCUUUGCGGGCCCCAGGGCCAUGGCGGUAUUCCAUGACGAGGUGGAGAUCGAGGACUUUCAAUAUGACGAGGAUUCGGAAACGUAUUUCUACCCCUGCCCGUGUGGGGAUAACUUCUCCAUCACCAAGGAAGAUUUGGAGAAUGGAGAAGACGUGGCAACUUGUCCUAGCUGCUCUCUCAUUAUAAAAGUGAUUUAUGAUAAAGAUCAGUUUAUGUGUGGAGAAAUGGUCCCAGCCCCUUCAACCAACAAAGAAUUAGUUAAAUGCUGAAGAAGCCAUCAGGAACUCACAUCCUGGAUAAGUGGAUGGAAAUACCAAAUGAAAAGUCGUUGGCUUUGCAGUGACAGCUGCUUUCUUAUUUGCUGUUCAUUAGAGUGUGGAUCUGUUCAUCAUCUGCUGGGUUCAUCCCCAAAACUUUUAUCUGAAUUUCACGCUUAGAACUUUGACUUGGAAGUGUUCUUAACCACCCAGCUGGAUUUAGAGAAAGGUAAUUUUAAUUGGUGCUUUCCCUUAGUUUCAUCAUUUUUAUAUCCUAAACCUAGGUCAGUAUCUGAUUACAGCAUUAUCUACCUCAUUCAUUAGGAUUCCUUCAUUAAAAAGAGAUUAUAUUUUUUAACAUAGCUAUUGAAAUGAGUAAAAUUAGCUCUAUGUUUGAAUAUUGACAUCAGCUUUGUGGUCCUAAAUUUAAGAAGAUCUGCUGCUUUGUCUGUACUGUGUUUGCAAUUCCCCCACCACGCCAGCCGCCUCCGUCUUGCUGUUAUUAGAAUGCUCAUGUUCAUUCAGCGUGCCAUUUCUGUUAUACUUCAUGCUGAAUUCAUUCCUGGUGUUAAAAAGGAAAGAAGCAAGGCAUGGUGAUGCAUGCCUGUAAUCCUAGCACUUGGGAGGCUGAGACAGG